GUACCUUGCUACGCUUUGCGUCGCUCUGCUGGAAGCAGUCACCUCCUCCUUGGCAAAUAGUCCUCGGCGAGGUUCGAGUUUUUGGGUAACAGGAGAGAGGCACACAAGAAGUUACUUCCAGGGAACGCGGAAUAGACACAGAGAGGGAGGUAGAGGCCAAAGUUUUUGCGAUAGUGUGCGAAGUUAGUUAAAAAACUCCCUCCUUUCUAAAAGGAUCCUUCCGCCUGCAGUAGCGGUGGUGAGGCCGAGGGAGCCGCCAUUUUGGAUGUUCGGUUCCUGCUGCCACUGCUGCCGCCGCCCCCGGAGCUGCUGGUUUCAUUCGAGGUUUCGGGCCGAGGAUGCCAGCCCCCAUCAGAUUGCGGGAGCUGAUCCGGACCAUCCGGACAGCCCGAACCCAAGCUGAAGAACGAGAAAUGAUCCAGAAAGAAUGUGCUGCAAUCCGGUCAUCUUUUAGAGAAGAAGACAAUACUUACCGGUGUCGGAAUGUGGCAAAAUUACUAUAUAUGCACAUGCUGGGCUACCCUGCUCACUUUGGACAGUUGGAAUGCCUGAAGCUUAUUGCCUCUCAAAAAUUCACAGACAAACGCAUUGGCUAUUUAGGGGCAAUGCUGCUGUUAGAUGAAAGACAAGAUGUCCAUCUUCUCAUGACCAACUGUAUCAAGAACGAUCUUAAUCACAGCACGCAAUAUGUACAGGGGCUAGCACUUUGUACCCUCGGCUGCAUGGGCUCUUCAGAGAUGUGCAGAGAUCUUGCAGGAGAGGUGGAGAAACUCCUGAAAACCUCCAAUUCUUACUUAAGAAAAAAGGCAGCACUAUGUGCUGUUCAUGUCAUCAGGAAGGUUCCUGAACUUAUGGAGAUGUUUUUACCAGCAACAAAAAAUUUAUUGAAUGAAAAGAACCAUGGUGUCCUUCACACGUCUGUCGUCCUCCUCACAGAAAUGUGUGAACGAAGCCCAGACAUGCUUGCACAUUUCAGAAAGAAUGAAAAGCUUGUGCCCCAAUUAGUUCGUAUUCUAAAGAACCUCAUCAUGUCGGGAUAUUCACCAGAACAUGACGUUUCUGGUAUCAGUGACCCUUUUUUGCAGGUACGAAUUUUGCGGUUAUUAAGAAUUUUAGGACGAAAUGAUGAUGAUUCAAGUGAAGCUAUGAAUGAUAUAUUAGCACAGGUUGCCACAAAUACGGAGACUAGUAAAAAUGUAGGAAAUGCUAUUCUUUAUGAAACGGUUUUGACUAUCAUGGAUAUAAAGUCAGAGAGUGGACUGCGAGUCCUAGCCAUAAACAUCCUGGGUCGUUUCUUACUGAACAAUGACAAGAAUAUUAGAUACGUAGCUUUGACAUCUUUGUUGAAGACUGUGCAGACAGAUCAUAAUGCAGUACAGAGGCACAGAAGCACAAUUGUGGACUGUUUAAAAGAUUUGGAUGUCUCAAUAAAACGGCGUGCAAUGGAAUUGAGUUUUGCCCUGGUAAAUGGGAACAAUAUCCGAGGCAUGAUGAAGGAGUUACUUUAUUUUCUGGAUUCAUGUGAGCCAGAAUUUAAAGCAGAUUGUGCAUCUGGAAUCUUUCUUGCUGCAGAAAAGUAUGCACCUUCCAAACGGUGGCAUAUAGACACAAUUAUGCGUGUUCUGACAACGGCAGGAAGCUAUGUUCGUGAUGACGCAGUCCCUAACUUGAUCCAGCUAAUAACCAAUAGUGUGGAGAUGCAUGCCUAUACUGUCCAGCGCUUGUACAAAGCAAUUCUUGGUGAUUAUUCUCAACAACCUUUGGUACAAGUGGCUGCAUGGUGUAUAGGUGAAUAUGGAGAUCUUCUUGUAUCAGGCCAGUGUGAAGAGGAGGAGCCUAUUCAGGUAACAGAAGACGAAGUGUUGGAUAUUUUAGAAAGUGUUCUAAUCUCUAAUAUGUCCACCUCCGUGACACGAGGUUAUGCCCUCACUGCCAUCAUGAAGCUUUCUACCCGAUUCACCUGUACUGUAAACCGAAUUAAGAAAGUGGUUUCCAUCUACGGAAGCAGCAUCGAUGUGGAACUCCAGCAGAGGGCAGUGGAAUAUAAUGCGCUUUUUAAGAAAUAUGACCAUAUGCGGUCUGCCCUGCUUGAGAGAAUGCCUGUCAUGGAAAAAGUGACCACAAAUGGCCCUACUGAGAUUGUGCAGACAAAUGGAGAGACAGAACCAGCUCCACUAGAGACCAAACCACCACCGUCUGGGCCACAGCCCACCAGCCAGGCCAAUGAUUUAUUGGAUUUGUUGGGAGGAAAUGACAUAACACCUGUUAUUCCAACUGCACCUACAAGCAAACCAGCUUCUGCUGGUGGAGAACUUCUUGAUUUGCUGGGAGACAUCAACCUUACAGGUGCUCCAGCUGCUCCUCCUGCCCCUGCCUCAGUCCCACAGACAUCCCAGCCUCCCUUCUUACUGGAUGGGCUUUCGUCACAGCCUCUCUUCAAUGACAUCACUACAGGCAUCCCCUCCAUCACAGCAUACAGUAAGAACGGCUUGAAGAUAGAAUUCACCUUUGAACGGUCAAAUACCAACCCUAGCGUCACAGUGAUAACGAUACAGGCCUCCAACAGCACAGAGCUGGACAUGACAGACUUUGUUUUCCAGGCUGCAGUACCAAAGACAUUCCAGCUGCAGCUUCUGUCUCCUAGCAGCAGCAUCGUUCCAGCAUUUAAUACGGGGACCAUCACGCAAGUCAUUAAAGUUCUGAACCCACAGAAGCAACAGCUGCGAAUGCGGAUCAAGCUCACAUAUAACCACAAGGGCUCAGCAAUGCAAGAUCUAGCAGAGGUGAACAACUUUCCCCCUCAGUCCUGGCAAUGAGGGCCUGGGUACCAUUCUCAUGCUUGUCCCACUCAAUCAAAGGAACUCUGGGAAGGAGGUUGUGAUCGCUGGCAAGUCCCCCCCAACUGUACCAUGGGCCUGAGGAGCUGAAGAGAACUGUUGAGGAGGAUUUUCCUGAAGUUAUCGCUGACCUUGAAGCAUUCUCAAAGACGAAUCUCCUCUCCUCCACUGUUGAGGCCAGCUGCUUCUGGAGGCUACUUUGCACUCUUCCUCCUCUUCUCCUUUGUCCGCACUUCUCUACCCCUCCCACAUUUACAGCCAGAAUCAACAUUCCCUGGGCUCCUGAGGAAAUAAGCAGUUGGUCUGGAGGAGAGGACUGGAAUUCAUGGCAAGAAAACACUCACUCUGUCUCUGCAGCAAAGAGUUGCCCUUUCUUUCUACUGUGUUUUUCUGUGGACUGGGCGAGGUGGGGUAUUCAUUCCUCACUAGCUGGGUUACCAUCUUCAGGCGCUUUUUACAUCAGGCAUUCGGAAUGGAAAUGUAACAAUGGACUUCAGGGAGCCCUGCCUUUUUCUACUGGUUCCCCCAAUGUUUGAAAGAGGCAUUAGGCUCCUGGUAGCCUUUUCUGUGCAUUGCUGUAUACACACAGACACACACAUGUAUGUAUGUUUGUUACCAAGAACUGGGUAGACCUGGAGAGGUUGUUUGUAAACACUGGACAGAUGCAGUUAAAAAGAGCUUUUGUUGAGAUUUGGCAUGAAGGAUAUGGUGCUCUAUUUGUAAUAGAAACUCCCAAGGCUCUUCCAGCUCCCCCUUCUCUCCAUUCUUUAGCUGUAGUCAUGAAUAUUCUCCAUGAUUUUCAGAAUUGAUUCCCCUGAAAGUGCAAAGUGAACAAUUUCUGAAGGAUAUAUUAAUAGUUAUUAAGGCCCCAGUUCCCACCACAAAUUUUAAAAGGUUCUCCUAAGCCCAUAACUUGCCUGUUGAACUAUGGUAAAUGGGUGGAAAGAGGAGUUAAAUUUUUUAAGAUCAGACUCCUUAACAAAAGCACCUUUGCCCAUAGGAAGAGUGAAUAUCAGACUCAUCCUAGAGCAUAUUGGAGUCAUCUUCUCCAUUAUUCCAAACCUUCCUUCUAAUUUCCUGAGUCUGGCUUGGACCUUGGCAUUCCGUUUGAAUUCCUUCUUCUAACUGGAACAUUUGUGUUGUAUCUGUAACACUGGCACUGAAAUAAAGACCACGCGGUUAAAGAAAUCUUUCCUAUAUUGUACUUUAUGGUGUUGGAAUGAAGCCUUGUAGCUUCCUUGCCCCUGUAGGAGAGGAGGUCUCAUGGACACCAUAGGGAGGCAUAUCCUUUGCUGAGUCUGAGAAGUUGGUGUCUUGAGAGUGGCUAGUCUCAUGAAUGUCUGCAUCAAAGACCUGAGGUCUGGAGCUUUUUAAAGCUGAGUGCCGAGUGCUUUAGAAAGGACCCUUGUGUUACCCAACCGUAACACUGACUUGCUGGAAUGAGGUAAGGUGACACCCGUGGCACAUGUUGAAUGUACUGUGUAUGUUCAGGUGCCCCGGUGCCAUGUCUGAUAUACUAAAGAAGAAAGAAAAAGUCAGGCACACCUUGCUCUUAUAAUGUUUGCGAUCAUUACUGUAUUGAUUACAGUAUAAUGACUACUUUGACUUUGGUCUUAAACCUGGGUACAAGUAUCUUUCCCCUCCCCCCCCCCCCCCCCACUUCACUAGGCCUUUACUUAAAAUCUUCAGUGUCUUGUCAAAUCUAGUUCUGUAUCAGAUGCUAGAUUAUUCUGAACAUUUGACAAACCGAGGUUGAACUAAAAGGUUCCAAAGGGGAAACUUUCUGGUCAUAUAUAAGAGCAAGAUUUGCUAAAACUUACUCUACUGGCUAAAUGGUUGACUGAGUCAAGAAUAGGAUAUUAUAUUGUGCGUAGUUUCAGUAAAGGCAAGUGUGGACUGGUAUAUAUUUCAGACAGCUGCUCUGCCUGUGCGAUGAAAAAUAGCCUUUGGAGUUUUCUUUGCAGACUGAUUUCCUUGGAUGGAUACUUAAUGCUGUGAAACAUGAUAGGAUUAACAUAAUAUUGGUGGAUUUUGUGAAUAGAAUUUAUCUAACAUUCCUCAUUGUGUUAGAGGCUUUAUUUUCUCUCACGUUUAUAGUUGACCAGUUCAAGUUUCUUUAGUUGGACUGAGUUGAAUCUCAGAAUCCUGCCGAAGACCAUGCUAGAAGACAAUGCUAGCUAAUGGAGCUGGAAGGGGUCUACUCUAGUAACAAAGCAUCUCCGUGGGUGAUUAUAGUUUCGAGAUAGAGUUACAGGAUUAUCCAUAGCUUUUUCUAGAUAAAGGGAUAAAAAUCAUGGACUUAACACGUGGGGUGCCGCCUAGAAUAUGAAGUGAUUUUGGAGAGUGAAGCUGAGCACCACACUGAGGAACUAGUGGCCAGAAAACUGCCUAGGACACUGACGGUUGUGAAGACCGUUUCAAAUGAUUGGAUCUUGGAAAGCUUCAGCGUGCCUUAGUUUCUAGGAUCAGAAUAAGGUCUCCUCGUACUUGGCCUUGUUGCUAACAGGAGAAAUCUCUUAAUUUCUAUGAAUACUUCACACAUUUCAGUAAUUUCUUUCCCUGGUAUGACAUCCAAGGGGGAGCAAAUUUGGACAGAUUUACAACUUCAGAGCCAUUGUGAGGAAAAAGUGAUUUCCAUGGCUGUUUUAAUAACUCCAGGGAGAUAAGCAGUGAGCCUACAUAUACUUGGACAAUUUCACAUGCACUUUUACCUCAUUUUCCCCUCUUUCAGAGUAGUGUAUCCUGUCACCCCCACCCCCACCGCCCAAGUAAUCCUAAGGGAUAAUUCAUCUAAGUAAUCUCAUAAAACUGUAGGAAGGGUGCUCUACCCGAGAAGCUUCUCCCACAAUGCGCUGGUGCUGUUACUUUGAGGUGAUUUGGACAGUCAUGGAAUGUUUUACGCUAUGUGUAGUGAUCAUCUGUUCCUUUUAAGGUCUUUCUCAUUUUAAGAAACAUUCCUCAGUGUAACAUUUGGGAGGGAAUUCUUUUAAUAGGUUAAACAUGUAUUUCAUUCAUAUCAGAAAGUAGACAUUUUAAACCGUUCAGCACUAAUGGUUUGAGUACUUCCAUCUACUGUAUAAACAUGCUUUCCAUUUUUACAUUCUUCUAGAAGAGAUUGGAAGGGGAUAUUGAGGUUCAACUUGAUUAUUUUCUGCAUUGGAAAAUACUUGGGCCACGAGAACUAGGGGGAUGAAAAAGUUUGAAUGUGUAUAUUUUUUUCUCGUGAAUGUAUUUUAUCCACAUGGUCCUAAACCAAAUGAGAGCUAGAGAACAGAAAGUGGAUAUUCACAUAGUAGUUGAUGGAGAAAGUGGUAUAUGACUUUGUUUUCAUGCAUUUGGGAAUGGGGAGGGUCACUGAAGAGGGAAAAGUCCUGAAGUUUGAAACACUUUGACCAGCUUUGGCUCAGGAGGAUGGGGCUGCUUGUGGAAGUAGAAGGUGAAUCAAUCACUCUUUUCCAAGCAAUAGUAGUGAGGGGGCUCCAUCUGCAGGGUUCCAGGACCUGGGACACUUAAACAGAAGCUGAAGCAGCUUGCACGGUUGCUCUGUGAACUUCCACGAGGCUGAUUCUGGCUUCACGAUGGAGCAUUGGAGAUUUUUCGUUUUUGUUUUUGGAACCUGCUGUUGCGCUUUGUGUGUUUUGUUUUUGUUUCUAUUGGGGGGGGCUCAUGGGAAAGAGCUUCUGAACUCUUUCCUUUGUGAACUCCCACUGUGUCCCUGUAAAGUCCUUUUCUUUCAUAAUUGUUGUAAGUUCCAUUUUCAUUAAGCCCCAUCACAUCUUCUUUACUGUAAAAAUAUUAAAAGGCUGUUUCUAAGUGGGACGGCUAAUUCUAAUUAUUGCAGACAUAUUUUUGAGAUGUAAAAAAAUUUAAAAUUAAAUGGUAAGUCUUAGAGGUGAGUGAGGAAUAAAAUGGAUGUAAACAUUUACAUGGGAUGCAUUAGAAUUCUGUGUGUAUUGUCUUUUGAUUGAAACAAAUUAUGAACAGUGACUAAUAAUAAAAAGUCAAUACUCAAUGAUUUAAAA